AUGCAAGUGGAACUGCUGUAUAAAAGCAAUAUAGCGCUGGUGUUCAUGAGGAUGUUCGUGGAUAUCCUCACAGCUGUGGUUACCUGUCACUUGGCCUUCAGUCUGUUGGGUGUGGCCGAACCACAGCUAUACAGGAAGCACCAACAGUCCGAGAGGCUGAACGGUGCAAUUGCAGAGGCAGCAGAUAGUCUCAGCAUUAUAGGUGCCUUAAGAUAUGUAUCUAGUCUGGAGGAGAAGGACUCCCUUGUCCAGUCAGCUGCAGACUUCUUCAUCAAUGGAAGAUUGGCGACUGCCCUGGACCAGUUUACAGAGGGGAUAAAAACCCUUGGUUUACUGGUGGAGCUGAGGAAGAAUCCGGCAGUGUUCUACAACAUGUUUGUCAGUGAGGAGAUUCCACUACAGGCGAAGGACCUAUGCACUUUAUUUGACGUGGACUUCUCUGUGCAGGGCAGCAACAGGAGAGCCAGAGAAAACAUGACAAUAUGCUUUUGGCGUGACUGGUUAAUUGAUAUUGAAGAAGGAGAAUGCAGUCCAGUCACCCUAGAGAAUGUAUUGGAGUUUACAUCAGGAGCCUCAACAGUGCCUCCACUGGGAUUUCCAAACCGUCCACAAAUUCAGUUCCUUCAUGAGGGGAACAGAAUCUUCCCAGAAGCAAAUACUUGUAUUCUUGUACUCCGCCUGCCGCUGCACUCUUCCUAUGAAGCCUUCAAACGAUACAUGAUUGAGGGAAUUUUGCAAGCUCCGACCUUUGGACUUGUAUGAUGUCACUGUUUGAAAAUUUAAUUUUUCACCUGAGCUAUUUGUUUAUUUCACAGAAUGCUGUGAAGCAAGUCACUGGUUCAAAUGGUAAUUUUAGAAUCUCAUGCAGUUCUCUUUCAGUUAAAGGAAAAUGUUGACUUUUUGGGACUUUAUCUUAUUCACCAUAUUCCCCAGAGUAAGAAGUCCAUACAUGCCCUCUUCAUCUCUGUGCAUGCUGUAACUCUCUGACACACCCACCGCUAGCCUAGCACAAAGACUGGAAGUAAAUGGCUCCAGUUAGCAUACUACUCCCAAUAAGUGAAAAUAAAAGCAACAUUUUUCCUAUAUAUGUUGUGAUUUGUAUAGUCUGUUCAAAUAACAAGGUCAUGAGACACAGCCAUCUUAACUGUAUACACACUGGGAACUAUAUUCUCAGAAGGCAAAGCACUGCUACUUGGGCAGAGUGAUUAGCACAACACUGAGCGAACUCUCUGCUCACCACGGGGCUUCUCAGGCGCUGCGAGCUAAUCCCUUCAAGUAGCAGUGCUUCACCUUCUGAGAAUAUAGUUCCCAGUGUAUACGGUUUGUGUAAAAUGUUUUAU